CCGUGUUACCAAACAGGCAAACACCGUUAAAACAGGUUUUAAUACGGUUUUAUUCGGCAGAGAGCUUUUUAACGAGUCCGACACAAAAUUCGGUAAAAGUGUAUCGCCUAGACUGUAGCCUGCGGAUUUUUAAUAUUACACAGACAGCGCUGGCUAAUUUGUUCUCAUUUUUCCUGCAGCGAGUGUGUGGUGAAUCUGUUGAAUAUUUUCUCGGGAAUUUGUCGGAAUAAUGUCGCUGCGGAGGCAGAGCAGCGGUGAGGUGGGAGCGGAGGCGCACAGCGUGCAUCCCGUCCAUCCGCCGGAGACCAGCAUCGCCACGGCAGACAAGUAUCUGGCGGCCGAUAUGGCCGAGGCGCGCCACCACGCCGCCGAUCAGGACCUCCUCAAUCAGGGCAUCCCCAUCGCUGAUAAGGAUCUGGCUGGAUAUUUUCCACCCGCGACAGGCCAGGCCGGACCCGACGGGCUGCGUGACGAUUUCCCCGUCACCCACGGUCAGGGCGGCGCCGUGCGUGAGGCGCCCAAGAGCGCCCAGGAGCGCGCCGAGGACGAGCUGCUGAAGGAUGUGCGCAUGCCGGAAAAGCAUUAGUUUCCCCUUCCCGCGUCUCAUCAGCACUUUUUUGUUUGACAUUCCGUUGCCGUGCAUCGAUGUUUGUGUUACAGUGUUAGGAUGGUGUACAGUUUAAUGUGCCUUUUAUUUGUGAUCUGUCGUGCGGCUUCCAGCGAAAAUUUUCAAAGCGAUGUUAUUUAUUGGUGUUAUACUGUUAUGCAAUAAUUCUAAUUCAUUCGUCAUAAUUAUGAUCAUUUUAGACCUUUUAAUUGCGAAUGUACAGUGACCAAGAAUUAAAUAAAUUUUACUUA